ACAACUGGCAAUCGUUCUCCACUUCCAUCGAGUAGCGCGUAUUUGUCCUGCACCAAUUUUGAUUCUACUCUGUAUUCCUAUCGGUACUCUUCGAUCAAUUAAUAUCGCCUCGCUGCCGUUUUUAAUAAAAUACGAGUAUUGUGUUAUCGAAAAGCAACAUUUUAGUAAGCAAACAGCAUUCGCGUUUUUGUAUUACCAGCUGGGAUCCGAUAUGAAACCACAACGUGCCCGUUUCCUAAUUGCGGCUGUCGUGGUUUUGAUGGCAUCGAUGUACGGCGCAUGUUCACGUGUAACCGAUCAGCUGCCCACUUGUGGAAAGUUGAAUGCAUCAGUUCCAGCCUCCAUAAAAAUGGAAAGAAUGGCGGCGUGUGGGCAAUUAUUGAGUUCCCGCGUUGACCGCUUGACCCGAGAAAUGAAGCAUCUGCGCCAAAUCCUGAAACUCAAUGGUUCCACAAGCCGUAACCUCAUUCUUAAUCUCAACUUUAACCCUACUCCUUCUCCACAACGCUCCGUUGUCUUGGACACCUCCACAUUACCCACCCGCACCCAAGGUUGGUGGAUGGAACCCUGGUUCAAACCCUUCGCUGGCCGCAUGCUGACGCUAGUCAGGGAAUACUCAAUACCCUUCGUGUUUACACUGUUCAUGGGUUUGAUUUGCCUGGCCAUCGGUCUCCUGCCACUUGGAGCCUGCUUCCUGGACGCCAUGGACGAACGUGAGGGCAGCGAGAAGGUCAAGCUAGUGGUAAAAAUAUUAGCUGCAGUAGCGCUGGCGACACUAGUCGUUAACGGACUGAUCCAACUUGUUUAUAUUGUCAUAAUGCUGGCAUAAUGUAAAAUGGUUUGAUGGUACAUUUGAUUGAUUGCUGGUAUUUGAAUAAUACUGAAGCGGAAACAUUGGUUUUCUAUCUUGUGAAUGUUUUUCUAACCAGCUUGUCACGAGCGUCGGUUA